AUGGUUGAGCCCAAUGGCCGGGAGGAGGCGGCGCCGGCGGCGAUCGUCGCUGUAACAGUUGCAGACGCAGAGGAACAGAUCUCUCCUCUUCUGCCGGAUGUCCAGGGAGGGCGCAAGAUGAGCAUAUUCUCCGUCUCCGACCCUAACACCAGGAGGCGGCUUCCCAAGGUAGUGUUUUACGACUUGGGCUGCGUCCAGUGGUAUGUCUCUCCAUGGGGUCCCUUACUGUAAAAUUUUCUACGACAUUCAGGCAAUUUGCAAUCAUUUCCCAUGAUUUACCUGUGGAUCUCUCGCAUUUCCCAGAUGGAAGUUUUUUUUCCUGUUUCUGUUUCUCUUCUCCAUAGUGGGAAAUUUUCUUUUUCUGAGAAUGGAUAGCACCCCAUAUCCAGUUUAAAAUAAAAAGGGAAAUGAGAGUAUACGCCUAGUGUGCUCUCAAAAGUAAUCCAUUAAGCAGAUCCAUAAUUUCAGAUAUUGGAUCACUCACAUGAAUUAUCCCAAUGUAAAUAUUUUUAAGAAAAUAUAUCCAUACGAAGGUUCUCUUUUAUUUUCAGGCGGCCUGAAGUUAUCUUGGUGCUUUUGUUGAAAAUUUUAAAUUAGAUCCCUGAUUUUUAGAGGUUUUGAGAAUUAUGAUGACUAGAGGGAAGGCUUUCUUUCUUUCUUUCGUCUAAAAGCUUCAUUGUUGAACCAUCCCAGUGAAACUAUUUGUAAGCAAAUAUCCAUAUUACUGUUUGGUUUUUAUUUUGGGCAAUAUAAGGGGAUCUUGGUACUGUUGUAGAAUAUUUUUCUAAAAUUGGUCCCAGAUUAGUCAAGCUGUUGAAAUCACUCACAUAACUAUCAGUUCGAAAAAAAAAUUAUAACCCCUUUUUUUGGGCUUAUGUCACUACAGCCUUUUUUUCUUUUCUCCUUUUGAGAAUCCACAAUGACCUUGGCGUAAUUAUAACGCCUCCACAUGAUGAAAACAGGGUCCAAAAAUAAAAUUUUCAUUACAAUAGGUCCCUAAUUUUCAAGGUUGUUGAGAUCACUCUCAUGCUCUCAUGAUUAUUGUCUUGAGGGGAAUAUGUUUUAGUUGUUUGUAUGGAGAUAUAUGUAAGGCUUGUUUUUUGCCCUUGGCCGUGUUAUAAAAUCUUCACAUGAUGAAAAAGGUCCAACAUGAUGGGAACACAAUUCUUGUAACAAUUCUUGUUACAACUUACAUGAUUGUUCCUGUAAGUUGAGGAACAGCUUACAGGAACACAAGGUGUACAGCAGAUCUAGUUGAUAUUCUUAUAAACCACGUGAGAGUACAGUCUUUUAAUUGAUAAAAAAGUUGACCAUUUAAUAGGUUUCCAUAACAUCGAGAUCCAAGGAAGAUGGAAUGAUGGUGUUUCGAAACAGGAGAAACUGAAGAAGACAGUUACAGCACAUGAGAUGCCAGAGAAGCCCCAAUUGGAACAGCUAGUUGAAUCUCUCGCAUUAUAGACCCUUAUAACUGAGACGAUUACUUGUCACUUCCUAGAAAUAGAUGCUAUUAUUUUUCAGUUAAAAUUGUCGUUUCACGAAUUGAAUGAUAAAAUGCGAGCCUCAUAAAAACUACAGAUCUAGUGGUGGUUUUCCCUUUGCGGAAAAGUUGUUUAGUCUAUUAACUUAAUGCUUGCAGGAAUCCAUCUUAGGAGACAACGAAACGGAGGUCACAUUUUUUCUUCAGUUGAUUUUUUGGAUGUGGAGCGGUUCUAGGUAUUCUGGUUUACUAUGUAUUGCCUCUUCCUCUGCCAUCUACUGCAUCAUGGAAGUCUUUACUGACACCUUUUCAGGUCCAACGCCCACUCUCCUUAAGCUUCUCUAGUUCUAGGUGGAUAUUUAUCAUUGAAGUUUUGGAUAUUUAAUCUAUAUCCUUCAUUUCAUAUUGUACUUAUUUUUUUCAUAUAGUACAUUUGGUCAUGACCGAUUCUUUUAUUCUCUUGUUGCCAAUCGAACAACUCGCAUGUUGGGUUUCAUGGACCCAGUCGUCUGCUGGGGUCAGUUUGCUUUGCAGCAGUUAGACUAAGAGGACAAUAUAGAGCCAUUUUUUUGCAUUGGAUUAAUCUUGAUGACUGUAUCUGUUUAAUAUCUAACUUAAAACUAAUUAACUUUUGGGUAGAGAGAGGACCUUUGGUACUUUCAUCUUCACCUAGAAGCUAUGGAACUAAAACUAAUUACUAUCAAUAAAUAUUAUCUUCAUAUAUCAUAUUUAAUUUUUUCACAGUGGCUCUUGUUAGAGAUAAAAUGUUAUAGACUUUCAUCUCCGUAAGUCAAGAAUAUAUAUAACCUUCUCACAUAAAUGACGCUAUUGCAGGUACCAGAAGCACCGUUGGGUGUAGAGUAUACAGAAAAAUCUCGCUUGUUGUGAUCAUAUUUAUAUUUAGAUAAAAUUGGAUGACCAUGGUAUCCUUACCCUAGACAGACGGGUUUGUACGAAUCUAAUAAUCACUUAUCUUUCUUUUAUAUGUUGGAGAAACCAAGCAGUUAUAAGGGUAAUUUAAUCAUUCCAUCUUCAAGGAAAAGGCAAAAAGUGUUUUCAGUGUGACUAAGGAGAAAUCAACCUUUCCCUGGGGAAUGCCAUCUACAUACGACUUUUUAAAACUAGAAAGGAGAUAUGUAGAAACACAUGUAAUUUGUCAGAUGCUCCUGCAGAACAGUUUUCUGCAACUUUUCAAAUGUAAUAAUAUGCCUUUGUCGGUGUAUGCAUUAUUAGUGCUUGUACGCAGUGGAGUUUCUUCAUCAAACAGAAAGUGAACGAUAGGGUCGAGAAUCCUUUCCUAUUUAUAUCUAAAUGGGAAAAGUCUCUACUUUAAUUAUCAUGCUGUUUCAGUCCUUUUCCAUUAUUUUUUUUUCUCAUGAGAAUAUUCGACAUGGACCUAAAACGCAAUUUAAAUUCAGUUUGAUUAUUUGUAUAUUUCUAUUGAAUGUUAUGGAUGUUGCCUGGAAUAAAUCUCCCGUUUAUUUCUUUCUACCAGGAAGAUCUAUUCCCUUGCUUGAAGUAGUUUUUGUAAGAUGUACAAUUCUCUCAAUUUUAUCACUUUUAUGGGUUAAGAGCGCCGGAAAAACGGUAUUUGAGACAAGAAAGACAAGAAAUCUUCUUCUCUUAAGAGCUCUCACAGGAUGCCUUUCACUUAUAUGUUUCAUUUAUAGGUAAGUGAUGGAUCUUGUUAGAAUAUGGUUGUGAUUUAUGAAGUAACAAGAAAUGUCGACUCCAUUGCCAUUUUGUUGUACUGAUUUUCAGUUAUGUUGAUUAUUUACCUUGGACUCUAAUGAUUGAGGAACCUCCAAUUCUUCAAUGACAUAUAUCUAGUUGAGACCUUAGGUUAUAUCCAUGAUAGUAUUCCCAGCCAUUCUGAUAUUAUUUGUUAUCUUUAUGCAAGCUGCAACCUACUUUGUUACUAGAUCAGUGCAAACUGUUUUUUCAUUUUGGUAUGCAGUGCAUUACUUGGAUUUUACUACAGGAUCCGUGAUAACACACUUAAUCAAACAAUUUCACAUUGUAGUUUUUCUUAUUAUGCACUGGGGAAGCUUUCAAUCACAGUAAUUCAAGUGAAAGGGUUCUUCAGAGAUUAAAAGUAUAUAUCCUUUGACUUUUUGUCUAUCUUCUCUUGACUAAAAUUCGUGGUGUAUCCCGACAUUUCAUUGAAAAGUAAAAUUGAUGAUACUUACCGUUUUUAACAAGAUAUUGACCAAAAACUUAAAUAUCCAAAACUUUUCUCCAGUAAAAUCAAAUUCCUCCUUUGUUUGCAAGAUCCCAAAUUCUAUGAAUCUAGACUCCUGGAAGAAGCCUGAAUGAGGACACGAAUCAUAUCUUUGCUAAACUGCAUGCAUUUCUCUCUGAAGAUCAGUAAGAAACUGGAAUUAAUACUCUUGCAUUUAGGCCAAUUUUAACUUCGCCUAACUGCUAGAUUAUUGACCUUUCCUUUCACCAUAGCUGAUAUUAUGUCCAUGUUUUUCACUUUGAAAGCGGGAAGUAAUGCACGUGGUUCGUAUAUUUCCACAGGCUGAUGUGAUAUCCAUACUUUCCUUGAGACAGAAAUAUCUUGUCACUACAGAAAAUCCAUUAGAACAUUAAGACAUAUCUGGCCGAAAAGUGCCUGCAAAUGGAUGGCAGUCCGUCCAUUCCUUCGUUUAUGAUGUGUAAAACGAAUGACACAUCAUGUGCAGAUGUUGAAUAUGCUCUUUGAACAAAUAGGGCACAUGUAUACAUCAAUGUCCACAAUUCUAUGGAUAUAAUUUCUGCUUGGUAUUUCUCUGACAGAUUUUUAUUUUCUUCUGUGCUUUGAUAUUUCUUGUUUAAAUGUAUGUCCUUUCUCAUUUUCAUGAUUUUGUGGUUAACCAGUUACUCUGUAGACUCUUUACAGCCAAACCUUCAUGCCAAUGUAUUCUUGCAUGAUCUAAUCCAAUCUUAUUGCCCUUUCCAGUAUGCAAAAUCUCCCUUUAUCCUAUGCUGUGGUAGUGAACUUCUCGACUCCUCUUAUGGCUUCCAUUGCAGCGAGGAUAAUUUUACAAGAGAAGUUAGGUGUUAUUGAUAUUGGAGGUAUGAUUUUUGUUAUCAACAUAUGUUGCGUUUACUCAGAAAUAAAUGCUGUCUAGUUCGAGGGGAAUUGAGAGAAAAGUGGAAGUUCAGACUCAUUGGCUCAUGAGAAAGAGAGCCAAAGUUAGAAUUUUAAUAAAACACUAAAUUAAUAAGGCUUUCUCUAAUUAGGGUCAUUGUACCUAUAGCUCUUUUUCAUCUUUUGCAAGAGUUCUGCACAUCAUUUUGACUUGAAUGUGUUGACGUGGAGUACAGCAUAAUAUAUUUAUUUUCAUCUCUUUGAUCAAGGAUUAGAAGAAGAGUGGAGACAGAGGAAAGUGACUUAUUCUGGUUUGACUUCCUGUAAAAAAAACGUGUUAGUCAUAGCGUUAGUUAAUAAUGUUCAGAUUCUAAAAGAUAUGAAAAAAAUGAAAUUUCCAACUAUUAGCUCUUAUUUGAAUCUGGCUUGUAAAAGAGGGGGAUCAUGAGGGGAGAAGAAAGGUAGACUACAAGAAGAUGAAUGGGGAGAUGAUAAUUAAUUUAUUUUACUUUUUUUGAAGAUUUUAUUUGAGGAAACACUCAGAAAGUUCAUUCAAUGAUCCACUCCAUCGAUUCCCAUUGUAAAAUGUAAAAUCCUGAGGAAAGCAGAGAGUUUGUUGAUAGCCUCUGGUCCUCGAACAUUGAGGAGGGAAUAGAUGGUGCAAAUGAGAGUUGCUACAGCACAAGACCUGAUUGAUGCUCACCAGUAGAAGGGAUACUUCUUUUUGUCAUGGUUAAUUGAUAUUCCAUAAGGUUGGCGACAGGUAGAGAAGCUCUUAGUUGGAAAUCUUUUGGGAAAGGGGAAAUCAUUUGUUUCAUUUUUUAAAAAAUUUAGUAGAUUGCAUGGAAUAUUGUAUGAUAAAUUCUAAUAUCUGUUCCCUGUGUCAACUCAAAAGACAUUAGAGCAAUGGUUUACUUCAUCAUGCUGUGGGAGCGGUAAGUGUGUAAAUUUUGGUUCAGCGUAGAGGUUGAGAGACGAAUAAUGCGUAUGUAGACUGAGGAAUAUGAUGUGAUAAAUUAUUUAGAAGAGUAUGGAAUAUUAACAAGUGAAAUCAUAUGCGGUUUUUAUGAACUAGGCCAAUUAACUUCUCUUCAGAAACUAAGAAGAAUCCCAUGUGCUGAAAAUCUGUCCAUUAGGGUAUUUUGUCAGAGAUUGAAGAUGGCAUUGUUGGGUAUAAGGGACACUAUGCUUGUUUAUUGAUAUUUUAACCAACUUUUGCCAACUAUGUAUUACGUUGUUUCCUAGAAACUCAUAUGAGUCCUCAUGUAAAUUUUACUUAAAAAUAAUGGAUUCGCCUUAAGAUAUCAUGCAUAUUUAGGAUUGAGUAUGACUCUUCAGAUGUCCUCUAACUAGCUACUCAACAGCUCCUGAUGCAUAUCUAGGAUCGAAUUCUUGAAAAACGGAUCCAGUUGAUCAUAUCAGACCGAACAGGCAAGCCAUAAUUCAAAUAAAAGUUUUUUCUUGAACUAUUGCUUCUGGAACUAGGAAAUUAUGUCCUCAAUUAGAGGCUUCAUUCAGGUAGCUUUCCAUUUAGGCUCUAGAACUUAAAGCCUCCAUCAGUGACGAAGCCUCUGUGCCUCUGUGCCUAAUGUUCCAACAAUUGUUUCGCGUUUGUGGUUAUCUAUUGAGACUUGUUUGAUCUCAUGGAAAAUCAUGCAGGAGUUAUAUGAACACUAUUCGUAAUUUGAUUAGAAUCAGCAUUUGAUAUCUAUUAUUUUCUUCUUUUCAGGACUCUUAUGUGGUUUCAUGGGUCUACUUAUUACGUUUCAGGAAAAACGUUUUAUGCUAGGUAUGUUACCGUAUCCAUUCUGUUCAUAAAAUCCUAGGAAUUUGUAUCAGAAAAAGCUGUCAAAUUUAAGCUUCAUAAUAAUUGGAAAAUUUAUUUUAAUGUGCCAAAUGUUUUUGUUGAUGCGUAUGUUAUUUGGCAUCUGUAGUCAUUGGUUCUGGAUGACUAUAUGAUAUCAAAUGAUUCAUUACGUUAUGUGAAAGUCAAUUAGCAAAUAUUGAGAUGAAAAUAACGGAUUUUGGCUUUGACUGCAUUUGGUAGAGAAACAGAUGAUGGAAGCCAAGGUUGGGUAUUCCUGCAAUUCACAUCAUUAAAACAGCCAUUAGAAAUGUUAGGGAAAUACUGCCAAACUUAAGUAAACCUUCUACUAAUAUCAUAUUGUAAUUAUUAUACUUUGUUAAAUUUUAGAUUGAUACUAUUUGAUGGAAGCAGGCUUGGCUGCUUGAACAAAUCGGAUCAAGCAUUGACAUCACUAGACUGCGUCCAGCUUUAGCUAAUUGGAUCGAAACAAGCAAUCUCAAAAGUCACAUUUGCCACACUGCUGUUUUACGUUAUACGAUGUUUGAUCAAAUAGUCCUUUGAAACAAUAGUCUGUUCUAUUUUCCAUGCCUUGGAAAACUAUCAAGGGCUAUGUUAAUAUCUUCAAGUGUCAUCCUUUUGUCCCCCAUCAAAUACAGCUUUUUAUCUUCUGAAUGGAUCUUGAUCAAAGGUUAACUACGGACUUUUCUUUCGGUGCUCUUUAGAUAAAGUUGGAAUAACGUAAUACAAAUAUAACUAAUAUCGCAGUAACCGAAAUCACUUAGAAACGCUCCACUUUGUUACUCUAUUAUGUUAUCCAUUGAGAAUCUGAAAGUUCCUCACGUUACAUAUGUUAGUGGAUGAAGGAAUCUCCCUCUAGCUGCCUCCAAAAGAGAUUAAAUAUUUGGCUGUGGGAGCCCUAAUAAUCCUAAUCCCUUAUUCGUCCAAGAUCAUUUAACCUCAACUCUAUGUUAAACCUAAAGGGCACAUGCUCAUCGUAUGAUCACUGAAAGAGUAGACAAGAUAAUGAGCCCAAGUUUAUCUUAUUAGACCCACUAGCUCUACGAUUCCCCACUCAAAUCUUGGGACAUCAAGUUUGUGAACAAAACAUUAUCAUAGAAACAAACGAGUUGCCAAAAUAGAUGUAGCUAUCAUAUAAACAAACCAACAAAUUUCAUGCCAUAUGGGAUCAUUAGUUAUUUUGGGAUCAUGUAAGUGUUCAUGUCUGCAGAGAAGUCUUGGUGAAGACAUGGGGUUCUAUGCAUUUUGAAAUGGUAAAUGAGUGCACCUGCAAAAGAUUCAUUAUGCAUUAUUAAAUGAUUAUCUUCCCAGAUGUCUACAGGCCAUUUGUGAGGAUGAAAUGCUACCAACUUUAUAGUUUCAAUGAAAUGUGUCUUGUAGGAGAAAAUAGUCUAGGAUCCUAUUGUAGGUUCAAAUAAUUACAAAUAUAGAAGGAUUCUGUCUCACUAGACACUAAUGUUGGUUACCUCAGGGAUGGACACCCGAAAUUAUGACUGAAAUGGAAGGUGCAUAUGAAUAGCCUAAAAACAUUCCCUAAUUCCCUACACUUGGAAUGGGUUAAACCGCUCUACUUAUGAUCUUCAUUGUUGUCGCCUAAAAGUUUGGAAACCUUAAAGACAGGCAUCAGUCCAUGUAGAUUAGUAAGGCUUGCAUCAGAAUGGCUUGUAAUUUUCAGAAUCAUUAUGGUUUGUGAAAAAUCUCUCACAUAUCGUACUCAACCUCAGACUGAGACUUGUCUUCUACAGAUAUGUGAGUAAUUACUAUUGUAUCAGGCUCAAGCUUAGACUUAGACACCACGAUAAGAUUCAACUUGGCAUAGACAUGCUAGAUGACCCUCAUGAUGACACCAGCAGUAAGUGAUCUGUCCUUGAAUCAUCUGAAGUAACUCCCCUUUGUAUUUGACACGGGUGAUGAUUGAGUGAUGCUAGUAGAUCUCGAAACAGAAUAACUAGAGUCAUUAAACCUUGAUUACCAUUCCUAACUAGGCUAGAGAUCUCUUCAGGUUGAGAAUUAAUCUUUCUAGUGAUAACUGGUUUCGGGUUAUAUUGAUACCACUAAUGGGAAGGUCUGAUAAAGGUGGUAUUCAAAGAAUUAUCCAACUGGGGAGCCAGACAAGGAAAAUCUGGGAGUCAAAGCUCAUUUAAAACAUGAGUGGGCAUCUAAUAGGACCAUAGAUUGUCUGCCUUUUAUGACUCACCUAAGGACUUGGAAACGUAAUGACAAGAUGUUCAAUCCUUGUCAUGAGUGGGCAUCUCAUGAUCAUUGCCGAUCAAGGAGAAAUACCCUCAUAAAGUCGGACAUCCCUUUUGGAGAAUAUAGUUUCCGUCCAUUGGUCAGAGUGACUAAUCUGGACGUUCAGGAUAAACUAGACAAGAACAAGUAAUGGAGUAAUCACCAAUGCAUAUAAAGAAUGGAUGCGCUCCUCUUAAUGAUUUAUCAUCUGACUGGAUAAUGCCAUUAUUUCCACGUGCAUGUUGGUAUUCUUCAGAGCAUGCUGCUGUUCCACGUAAAAUUGGUCUCAAGCUUAUAAUUGGGAAUUUCUGAGCAAUGAUGUAGAUGCAGCAAUCUAAUUUAUUUGAGUUUGACAUUGGUUUUUCUGGUUAACAUUAUAGUUCUCAGUUCGUUUAUUCGUCAUAUCUGAUUUUGUACAUAAAUCUUAUAAUCAUUUCCAAAUAAAGAUAGAGGUGUUGCGUGAUUUUCCUCACUGAUAAUGUUAUUGCCCAGGGGAAUUAAGUGAGAACGCUGGUUUAACCACGAGUGGAGGAGGCCAUCAUAUAUAUCCAGUAUUGGGUGGUAUGCUUUCAUCAGCUGCUGCUGGAAUCUCCUACUGCCUCAUAAGAGCUGCAACCAAAUCAUCUGAUCAGCCUGUGUAGGAUAUCUUUAUUUCCAUGGUUUCAUCGAGUACCUGUGCCUAUUGCGAUUCCAAUUUAAGUUGGCUUUUCUCUUACCAUCAAUUAGCCAAACGAUGGGAUUUUUCUGUUAGAAAAUGUAAUUCUAUUUUGACCAGUCUAUGUGACGCAGCGGAAAUUUGAAGAAUUGAUAACUUGAUCACGUUUCAGCUUUGGCUGUGUAUUUUGAAAGUAAAAUCACGACCUUAAAUCUAAAAGGAACGUGUCUUAGUUGAAAACUCCUUGCUCUGAAUCUACAAAACGAAGAGAUUUCGUCCCUUGAGUCCACAAGGGGUUGAUCUUGAGUCCACAAGAUCGAAAAUGGCUCGCUGAGUCCACAGAGAUAUUGGAAUCCACUAGUAGAAAAGGAGAACCUCCAAAAGGGAAUUUGAAACUUGGUUCAUAAAAACGUGUCUCCUUGGGGCUACAAGGGGGGCCAUAUUUAGAGGCCGAAAUUAGUUAUAACUAACCUAUAAAGGGGGAAAUCUGGUAUCAUCUUAGAAAAUAGAGAGAAGAGAACAUAUUAAACCUUCCUAUGAAAAAGGAGGAUUCUGUUAGAAGGCCCCCAAGAAAUAGGAAUACUCUAAAUAGAAUAGGGAGAUUAUUUUAUAUGAAUAAAAUGUACGAAUUGUAAGAUUUAGGCUCAGUAAACAUAUGGCCAAAUCUCUUAGUGGGCCAUUAGAAGUUGAAUUUGGGCAAAAGAUAGUCUUCACAACUCUUGAAUCUCUGAUUCACUUGAGUUGGUCUAAAACAUCAUUGCACUUGAUUUUAUUCUUUUUUAACCUUCUCAAUGCAGAUCUUAUUAGUUUCUCCACCUGGGUCAAAAAUCUUCCAUUCCUCAUUUGAUAGUAGUUUCUGGGCUACAUCACUAUGUCUAGAGCCUAUUUAUUUCGAGUUCUAUUUUUAGAAUUUUUAGAUGUAAAAAAUCAAGGUAUUUAUUAUGUCUUCCUUAUAGAAAAUUUUGAUGUAUUUUAUUUUGAUGUUAUGGGAAACCUAAGGACAAGGAUGAAUUCAUGCUGUAAAUUUUAAAAUAUGUGUUCAUUUAUUCCAACAUAUCGAAUAGGAUGUUUUCUCAUCUACUAUAAAUGUAGCUUGGAUACAACCACCCAUAUCCGAGGUUAUACCAUGGCAAUUGUAAGGCUGAAGUAAUUAUAAUAGUGUAAACUCAACGCCUCAAUCUUUCACAUUGAAAGAUGUCUGGUGUAUCAUUUGAGUCUACAAUCCUCUGCUGCCCUCCUUCAUUUAUCUGCAAUUUUUUCCCACUCAGCCUACUAUUAUAUUGUUGGGGUGCGUGCGUGAAAAUGAAGGCAACUCUCAAUUGAACUGUGCCGCGUCCCAUAAAUAGUAACAUUAGCUGUCUUCUCAUUCUACUCGUCAAUCACUGGCCGUUUUGGUAUCUUAUCAUAUAAAAUGUCUGAUUGGAACUUUAAUUGACUCAUAUUUUUCCUUAACCUGCACUCCUCCAUGACAUACGGCUUUUUGCUCCCCAUUUUAAUUGAGCUGGAGUAGGAAAUCUGCCUCCCUCUUCCUUUACCCUGAACAGGAGGCUUCCCCUUGUAUCUCUUUUUUCCUUUGAGGAUUAAACAAGUUCACUGCUACAGACCUAAAGAUAUUAAAAAUCAGAAAGUAAGAUCCCUUACAGGCUUGCAUUCUCAAUCUAACCAAAUGCAAAACAAGUGGAAGAAGGGGAUUAAUCCGAAAUGUUCUUCCUAUUCCUGAAUCUUCAUCGUGGUAGAUGGAUACCUUCACUGGUAGACUUGAUGGAGGGCCCUUUCAUUUUUCCAUUAUGAUGUCAAAUCUGUCAACCAUAGGGCUCUGGAAAAUUUUCAUCAGGGAAAAUAUCAUAUGCCUCUUCCUCUUCCAAAUCAUGGUUUCUUGGAUAGGACAAUUCUAAGUCUAAAUAGCUCUUCCUUUUUUUUUUUUUUCCCUUCAUAUUAUAUGUUGCUUCUUCCUUCUCUUUAUUUUUGGAGUUUCCUUAUCAUGGUUCUGUCAUGUUCAAUAGGUGUUUUAAGGAGAAGAGUCGUUUUCGUCUUACAGAUUCCCUUUGAUCAAAUUGAGUGACUACUUUUUGUUGUGAAAUAUUUCUUCCUCUGCAGGUCCAGUGUCCUUGCCUUUGGUGUCCUUGCUAGUUCUGUGUCAGCAAUCUGUAUAUUCUGCUUUCAGGUAGAAUAUGGAGAAUAACUUAUCCACAGAAGGAGAGCAAUCACUCUAAAUGACAUGUCUUUAGUUGGAAAAUAUUUAAAUAAUCAUCUUCAUGAACGCUGGAUUAAGACUUCGUACCCAUCUGUCUCUUCUAAAAACUAUAUAUUUUCCUUAUUUCUACACGAAGAUUACUCAAAUCUAAAGUGGCAAUCUUGCUGAACUGGCGUUAUUCCUCAAGUUUUUCAUCUAUGUUGACCUGCGUCACUGGCAGACAUCCUCAGUGGGCAGUAAUCAAUGCGAGAGCCAUCACUUGGGCCAACGUAUACCGCAGUAGAGAUUCGAAGAUCAGGAGCAGUGUAGUUUUUAAAAAGGAGAAGAAAAACAGUAUAUACAACACACGCUACCUCGCCUGUGAGAGUGAGAAUCAAGGACAAAAGUAUCAUAUUAUCUUAGGGGAAAUAAAUGGUUGAGCUUGAAAAAAUUUCAGAUAUUACCCAGCACCGUUUUCUAGCAUCCACGUCUUCUUCUUUAUAGGAAAAUUUUCACAAGCAGAUGCAACACCUCUUUUCUUUCUCCCACCCUCUUGGCAGACGCCAUCUUCAUUCUUCUAUGUUCAUCUUCACUAUUUAUCUUAUUUUUCUCUUUGAAACUUGACGAAUGAGGUGGUUAAUGUUUUCCUCAGGAGUUUGUGGUACCGGAUCUUUUGACCUUUUUUCUCAUGGUCAUACUCGGUGUAUUGGCAUUCUUUGCUGAGGUGAGCACGCUUCCUAUUAUGCCUGAUUCUUUCUGAUGUUACUUAAUUUUGUUGGGUCUGCUGUGAAGUAUCAACUCUCUGCAAAAUAUCAUCUGAAGAUCAUUGUGGCCCAUUUAAUAACUGGGAUCUUAUGCAGGUUUUCCUAGCUCGUGGACUUCAGCUUGAGAAAAUCAGUAAAGCCACAACGAUUCAAUAUCUGAAGGUUCGUUCAUGUCCAAGUUAUUUUUAUAUGGCUGUUGGUUGGAGUUAUCAUGAUCGACUUUCCAGAUAUACAAUUUUUCAUGGCGUUUAAUGUAAUUUUGUAUAGUUUCUCUCCAUUAAGGUCAUUAUUUUAUGUUGAUGAACAUAGAUGAGCAUAUUUUAUAUGCUUUCUCCUAUUUAAUUUUUUUUCUCUCGAGAUAAUUUUUAUUUUAUUUUUAACGAUUCAUGUUCAUUAAAUAACAUUUCUCAAUGCUGAUUGAUAGAGAUUAAUGUAUGCAUAUACACACAAAUACUCUUCAUUUCCAGCAAUCCCAGAACGAUUUUAUUUCUCUGGAAGAUUUGUGAUAUCUCUCUUCAUACUACAAAAUUCCUGGGCAGAAUUUUAUUUUUGGUCCUUUCCAUUUGCUCUCCUUUCUUUUUUUAGAAAAAAAUAAAUAAAUCUCAGUUAUCAGAGAUGUGAUAGUAAUAUCCGUGGAAUAUUAUGCUCCAUGUUUCAGGUGUUACUGUCACAGAUGUGGGCCAUCUCAUUGUCACGAUCUUCACCGUCCUUCAGUAGAUCGGUUGGGCUGGUGUUUAUUUUCGCAUCAGGUUGCAUCAUUCUCUGUUCCAAAAGGACAGAGAGAGAAACAGAGAUGGGCUCCUAG